UAGAGGAGUAGAUGGGCACAUUCCCAUACUAGAAAUGCAAAGUACUCUGAUAGGGAAGUUUAACAUUACACAGUGUACUGCACUACGUUAUUUAGAAAUUGUUUAAGAUUAAGAAGUUUGUCAUGACAAACAGUGUUACAUGAACUUCUCUAUAAUGUCUACUACAAUGGAUCAGAGCUAGGCAGAGUUGAUCAAUAUCAGUACCCUUAUAGCCUAUACCAGUGAACAAAACUGGUCGACAGGAUAUCAAUUCAACUGCAAAACUGGUUGAGAUGAUGUAUAACCGGUUAAGGUUCAGCAACAGCAUGUAGGGGAGAGUGGGAUGCCACGAGUGUCGAGAGAGGGCUCUAGAGCGAUCCACCUCACCCAGCCCCAGCCCCUGUAAGAACCUCCUGUGUCCCACUCCUCUACCCACCACCCACUACACUGAUCUCAGCUACCCGACCUGACCAUGCCCACCUCCGGCCUCCUCUGUCCUGGGCUCUGGGCCAAGGCUGCCCCAUGGUGGUCCCUCCACCUGCUCCUCUUUGACUUGCUCGUUCCAGAGGCCCUGCCCAGCCCCAACAACAGAUUCCCUCCUUCCACCAAGAGGGAGAUCACCAUCGAUGGGGACCUGGUGAUCGGCGGUCUGUUCCCGGUGCAUGAGAAGGGCGAGGUGGCGGAGGACUGUGGGAAGAUCAACGAGCAGAGAGGGAUCCAGAGACUAGAGGCGAUGCUGUUAGCGCUGGAUGAGAUCAACGCCGACGAGCGGCUGCUGCCGGGACUCAGGCUGGGAGCCCACAUCCUAGACACCUGCUCUAAGGACACCUACGCUCUGGAGCAAAGCCUGGAGUUCGUACGAGCCUCCCUCACCAAGGUGCAUGAGCCGGGGUUCAUCUGCCCAGACGGCUCCAACCCCAUCCAGGAUGACGUCCCUCUGGCCAUAUCUGGAGUCAUCGGGGGCUCCUACAGCGACGUGUCUAUCCAGGUUGCCAACCUCCUCCGCCUCUUCCAGAUCCCUCAGAUCAGCUAUGCCUCCACCAGCGCCAAGCUCAGUGACAAGUCUCGCUAUGACUACUUCGCCCGCACCGUGCCGCCUGAUUUCUACCAGGCCAAGGCCAUCGCCGAGAUCCUGCGCUACUUCAACUGGACCUACGUGUCCACUGUGGCAUCUGAGGGCGACUACGGCGAGACGGGAAUCGAUGCCUUCCAGCAGGAGGCCCGCGCCCGCCAAAUCUGCAUCGCCACCUCGGCUAAGGUGAGCCGCUCGAUGAACCGGUUCAGCUAUGACCAGGUGAUCCGCUCGCUGCAGCAGAAGUCCAACGCCAAGGUGGUCAUCCUGUUCACACGCAGUGAGGAUGCCAGGGAGCUGCUGGUGGCUGCCGCUCGCAUGAACAGCACCUUCACUUGGGUGGCCAGCGAUGGCUGGGGGGCGCAGGAGAGCGUGGUGAGGGGAAGCGAGACAGCAGCAGAGGGGGCCUUCACCAUCGAGCUGGCCUCCUACCCCAUCCGGGAGUUUGCAGACUACUUCACCAAGCUGAACCCUUACACUAACACACGGAACCCCUGGUUCAGAGAAUUCUGGGAGCACCGCUUCGGCUGUAGUCUCACAGAGCCUGGUUGUAGCGAACACAGUCUGCGGGAUGGCAAGUUUGAGCAGGAGUCCAAGAUCAUGUUUGUAGUCAACGCGGUGUAUGCUAUGGCUCAUGCCCUGCAUAAUAUGAGGCAGGCGGUGUGCCUACCCAAUGCCACCAAGAUAUGUGAUGCCAUGAAACCAGGCACCGGGAAGAGGUUCUAUAGAGACUUCAUCCUCAAGGCCAAGUUUGAUGCUCCCUUCAGACCUGCGGACACGGAGAACAUGGUGCGUUUCGACGCCUACGGAGACAGUCUGGGCCGCUACAACAUCUUCCACUACCACAAAGAGGAGGAUAAAUACGUGUACAGGAAGGUGGGCUACUGGGCCCAGGGCCUCAUCCUAAACACCAGCCAGGUGCCAUGGAGGGGCCCGGGCGAGGGGCCCCCCACCUCCCAGUGCAGCGACCCCUGUAGGAAGAACGAGGUGAAGAGCAUGCAGCCUGGAGACGUGUGCUGCUGGAUCUGCAUCCCCUGCCAGCCCUACCAGUACCUGCUGGAUGAGUUCACCUGUGCAGACUGUAGCUUUGGACAGUGGCCCCAGGCCAACCUGACAGGCUGUUUCGACCUGCCAGAGGAGUACAUCCGCUGGGAGGAUGCCUGGGCUAUUGGGCCGGUCACCAUCUCCUGCCUGGGCAUGUUGUGUACCCUCUCCGUGGUGGGCCUAUUCUUCAAACACAACGACACCCCAGUGGUCAAAGCCAGCGGGCGGGAGCUGUCCUACAUCCUCCUGCUGGGGGUCCUGAUGUGCUACAGCAUGACCUUCAUCUACAUCGCCAAGCCCUCCACGGCUGUGUGUACCCUACGUCGACUCGGCCUGGGUACCUCCUUUGCCGUGUGCUACUCGGCGCUCCUCACCAAGACCAACCGCAUUGCGCGGAUUUUCAGCGGGGUGAAGGACGGGGCCACGCGGCCAAGGUUCAUCAGCCCAGCCUCCCAGGUGGCUAUCUGUGGUGGGCUGAUCUCCUGUCAGCUCCUGGUGGCCUUGGUCUGGCUCCUGGUGGAGAUGCCUGGCGUCAGGAAGGAGGUGAGCCCCGAGAGGAGGGAUAUAGUCACCCUGAAGUGCAACAGCAAGGACUCCAGCAUGCUGGCUGCUCUGGCCUACAACUGCAUCCUCAUCGUCCUCUGCACGGUCUAUGCCUUCAAGACCAGGAAGUGCCCCGAGAACUUCAACGAGGCCAAGUUCAUUGGGUUCACCAUGUACACCACCUGUAUCAUCUGGCUGGCCUUCCAGCCCAUCUUCUACGUAACGGCCAGCGACUACAGGGUUCAGACAACCACCAUGUGCAUCUCUGUCAGUCUGAGUGGAUCGGUGGUGCUGGGCUGUCUCUUUGCUCCUAAGGUCCACAUCAUCCUAUUCCAGCCCCAGAAGAACGUGACAACGCUGAGAGUGGCUGCCAACCGUUUUGGGGCCACGGUCAAAUCAGCAUCGGCGUCUGACCCCAGCUCUAGCUGCUGGAAAGGUAACGUCUCUAUCACUGCAUCAGCCUCUACCAGUGUGCCAACAGCGGUAACAACAGUCUGUAAUGGUCGUGAGGUAGUGGACUCCACUACGUCCUCUUUGUGAAGAAGGUUGAGCUGCUUGUAUCAUUCCUCUGUCCUGAGAACAACACAAAUCACAAUUCCAUCCCCUCUCGUACAACAAGGCUGCUGUCAUAUCUAAGUCCCAUUUACAGUAGAGACCAGUAGUCUGUCUAUUUGGACAGAGGGAGGCCAGGAUGCACUUAACUGUGAAAGCUAAAUAAUGUGACUAUACUUAGGAGUGUGCCGUAAUGUAGGACUGUAAAGCAUUUUUGUAUAGAUUUAACAGUAUGUGAUUGAUUUGACUUGGUUUCAAGAUAGACUCGUGGUUGAAUGCACUGCUGUAUGCCUUUCUGUCAGUACAGAGAAUCAGUCUUAUGAAUGAGGUGGUUCAUGUGAAGCGAUCAUGGUGUCAUAACAAAAGGUUGAUCUUAUCUUGUCCUUACAGUGCUGUGAAUGCGAUAUCAAAAUAUUAUUUUUCUUUUUGACUAGAAUAUUAUUAAUACAUAACACUUAUUGAAUUAAUUUGACCCCUUGUUUUUAAACUACAUUUGAAUGAUAUGAGAUGAACCAUAGUGAAAGUGAUGAUUAAAAACUAGCCUACUAUCAGUAUAAAGGACAAUGUUUUAAUGUAGACUUCGGUGAACCAGUUUGUGCUUUCUUGUAAUUUAUGUAAAUAAAUGGUGUUAUUUUUUAAUUAUUAAAACAUAAAAUGCUA